GUUACCCCCAUCAUCUCAUCCAGUACUCGAUAUAAAUCUACCACCUUAGUUUCUACCCUCUUUUUUUAUCUUUGGGGAAGCCAAGAAGUUCGAACGACUUGAUCCUCGGUCGUGAGCAAACUCAUUGUGGUUUAAAAUAAGAACAGCUAUAUCCUCUCUUCACCCAUCGAAAUGCAUUGGGUCUAUACAUCAUCGAAUUUUUCCUUGAAAGAGGGAUGGCAUAAUGUCUCUGUCCUUCACUUUUUGACAAAUCUUGACAGCUUUCGUAGUGGCCUCAUUUGAUUGCUGCUGUUCAAAGUAUAAAUUCGUCCUGAUAUACUAUGUUAGUAUUACAGCAAAUUCUACUCAAAGUGAUCCUUCAAAUUCUAGCUGUGUUAUUUAAUUUGCCAAUGGUUGAUUAUGGCUUCUCAUAGGGAUAUUUAGCAGUUUUGUCCAAGGGCAAACUCGUGACUACUAGCUUAAUUUUGGAACGGGAACUAACCGUAACCGUGUUAGAGCAAUUUUAUUUGUUGUCGGGUGCCUUUCGAAGAGGACAUCCUCUUAUUCAGAAUCCAUGACAUGUCCGAGCCAUAUCGCUGUAAUAGCUGUACUUCUAGUUACAACAGCUGAGACGUAAUAAACCAUUUGAAGACUCGUGGUAUAUCGUCUUCACCAAUGACUCAAAAAUACAUUCGAUAUUUUUCCAAGCACUGUCGCAUAAAUAUUGAUCAUCAGCAGCAAAACUGAGUCCCAGCUGGACUUGUUGCCGAUUUCAAACUUCGUGAUAGUCGCCAAAACAAUGUUUGUCCCUUUCACGCUGUGAAUGUCAUCAAUGCUGUAAUGCUCAGCAAAUUAGUGCAGUCAAGUCAUGGGUGGAGAGUUCAGAGCUAAUGAUCUUCAUUUUUUCGAACAUGCAUAGUUUUAGCCUUUGAAUGCCAAAAAUAAUGAUUAGCAUCCAAAUAUGUAGCAGUUCUUUCAACUCUAAUGAUGUAGUUAUGCAAAAGUUUUUCUCUGUGAAUAAGCUUCUCCUCGCCUUGAGGUUAGAAAAAUCAAAAAACCUAGAGGCUGACAUUUUCAAUCAUAGUGUCUACCGCAAUCUACGGCCAAUUUGUGUUUUCUCUUUGCAGAUUCUUGGCGAGAGAUAUGAUCUAUGGUCGCGAAAGCUCCUCCAAUCAUUUGAAGCUGACAUUGCAUUCGAAGCCCGUCACAAAAACCUGAAUUCAUAAUGACAGCUGGGCUAAGUAGGAUUCCGAUGAGGAACGACCUUGCUUUGAUUCGGAGUUAAUUGCAUUGGUAUGAACGGUUUACUGUAUAUUGAAAGUAUAAGUGCAACUGAAUUGCUACGGUGCCAAAACAUGGUUAAAGAAUACCUUCUCACAAGUGGCCAAAUUCAAAUUGCCGUUCUCAAAGGUGCCUAUUCUCAAUGUACAGUACUUGCUCUUUCGUUCACACCUGGGAAUCAAAUCACGCGGGUUGUUAUAUGUCAGCUCCAUUCUUUAAUCACAGUAGGGAAGUCCAACCUUGAGAACCCGAGAAAAGAGAACACCUAAACAUUCCCUUCCUGGUUUUUUGAUUCGUCCUCAUGAGACAUCUUCACCAUUGUUUCAAACAUGCUCUGCAUCAUAAAUUGUAGCUAGCUCACAAUUGAAUUCUGGGAAUAGAGAGGAUAAAAUCUAAUAACAAGUUCCUUUGGGUCGAGUCUUUCAAUAAGAGAUCGAUCAAAUGUUUCAUUAGUCACAUCAACUUAAGUU